GUCCUGUGCUGAGCCGGGCACAGGGGUUCCAGAGGGGCUGUGGGUCAGGGCUGGCUGGGCAGACGGUUUCUGGAGGGUGUUGCUGUCGAUGUGCCUGCUGUAGUGAGUGUCCUUGUUCUUGCUUCUCCUCUCUCCUUGCCAUGGCAGCAUUUGGAUGUCCGAACACUCUGAUUUGGGCUCAGCGCCUCUUGCUUGUCAGCAAUGGCAAAGCCUCAGAGCAAGGAUUCUGGAUUGAAGGAGAAGUUCAGGAAUCUCCUGGGGCUGGGAACGUCCCGGGGAAGUUCAAAGUCGUCGGAGGGCAAGCAAACAGAGUUUAUCAUCACAGCAGAAAUACUCAAGGAACUGAGCAUAGAAUGUGGGUUGAGUAAUAGGAUACGAGCAAUUAGUCAAAUCUGUGAAGUGGCAAAAACAAAAAAAAUUGAAGAGCAUGCAGUGGAAGCCAUAUGGAAAGUGGUGGCUGAUAUGCUGCAGCCAGAGCGCCCUGUCGAAGCCAGACAUGCUGUUCUUCAUCUACUGAAGUCCAUCGUUCAAGGACAGGGUGAGAGAUUAGGAAUCCUCAGAGCACAUUUUUUUAAGGUUAUUAGGGACUAUCCCUCCAAUGAAGACUUGCAUGAACGGCUGGAAGUAUUCAAGGCUCUAACAGAGAAUGGACGGUACAUCACCUAUUUAGAAGAAGAGUUGGCUGACUUUGUACUACAGUGGAUGGACGUUGGUUUAUCUUCUGAGUUCCUUCUGGUUUUAGUGAACCUGGUGAAAUUCAAUAGCUGCUACCUGGAAGACUAUGUAGCUGACAUGGUGCACAAGAUAUGCCUCUUGUGCAUUCAGACUUCAUCAUUUGUGGACAUAGAGAUUUCUUUGCAAGUCUUAGAUGCAGUUGUUUGCUAUAACUGUCUGCCAUCAGAGAACCUGCCAGUAUUUAUCAUCACUUUGUGCCGUACCAUCAAUGUGAAGGAGCUCUGUGAGCCGUGCUGGAAGCUUAUGCGUAACCUUUUGGGAACUCAUUUGGGACACAGUGCCAUCUACAACAUGUGCAGGAUCAUGGAAGACAGAGCUUACAUGGCAGAUGCAGCGCUGCUGAGAGGAGCUGUGUUCUUUGUUGGGAUGGCUCUCUGGGGUGCCCAUCGCCUCAAUUCACUCAAGAAUUCCCCAACUUCAGUGCUGCCUUCAUUCCUCAAGGCCAUGACAUGUCCCAAUGCAGUCGUGUCUUAUGAGAUAGUUCUAUCCAUAACACGUCUAAUAAAGAAAUAUGGGAAGGAGCUGCAAGCUGUAACGUGGGAUAUCCUUUUGGACAUCAUGGAGAGAUUGCUGCAACAGCUGCAGAGUCUGGAGAGCCAAGAACUGAAGUCCAUUGUACAUGAUCUUUUGACUACGGUAGAAGAACUCUGUGACCAGAAUGAAUUCCAUGGAUCUGAAGAGAGAUUUUUUGAGCUGGUGGAAAGAUGUGCCGAUCAGAGACCAGAAUCUUCUGUGUUAAACUUGAUAACAUACAGAGCUCAAUCCAUUCAUCCUGCUAAAGAUGGCUGGAUUCACAACCUUCAGCUGUUAAUGGAGAGGUUCUUCAGGAAUGAAAAUCGUAGUGCUGUUCGUAUUAAAGUUCUGGAUGUCUUGUCCUUUGUCCUGAGUAUUAACAGACAGUUCUAUGAGGAAGAGCUGAUAAACUUGGUUGUGAUCUCUCAGCUGGCUCACAUUCCAGAGGAUAAAGACCAUCAGGUCCGAAAACUGGCCACUCAGCUACUCGUGGACCUGGCUGAAGGCUGCAACACACAUCACUUCAACAGCUUGCUUGAUAUCAUAGAAAAGGUGGCUGCACAUUCUCUCUCAUCUCCUUCUGAACUGGAAGAAAGGGACUUACUGUCGUAUUCAGCCUCUUUGGAGGAUGUCAAGACAGCAGUUCUUGGACUCCUAAUAAUUCUUCAGGUAUUUGAUUUCCUGCUGAUGCUUCGAGCUGACUCCCUCCACCGUCUUGGCCUUUCCAACAAGGAUGGGGCAGUGAGAUUCAGCCCUUACUGUCUCUGUGAUUUUGUAGAAGCAGAGAAGAGGACUUCUGAGAAAAAGCCCACAGGUACAUUGUCCCCACCAUCAGGGAGCCCCAGUGUGCCUGCCCAGAACACCGCCAUUCGUGUAGGGCAUCUGCCAUACUCCAUGGUCUUCGGUGUCCUCCUGCAGUGCUUGAAGCAAGAGACAGACUGGAAGGUGUUGAAGUUGGUCCUCAACAAAUUGCCUGAAUCUCUCCGCUAUAAAGUGCUAUUUUUAACUUCUCCUUGUAACAUAGACCUCCUGGCAUCUGCACUGAGCUACAUGCUCACAGACAAGAAGACUACUGACAGGCUCCAUGGUACCCCAGAAGGCUUUUCUCGCACUGAUUUGCAUCUGGCUGUAGUCCCAGUGCUGACGGCGUUAAUAUCCUAUCAUAAUUAUCUGGACAAAGCUAAACAGCGUGAAAUAGUGUAUUGCCUGGAGCACGGGCUCAUCUACCGCUGUGCAAACCAGUGCGUGGUGGCUCUCUCUGUCUGUAGCGUCGAGAUGCCCGACAUCAUCAUAAAGGCACUUCCUGUCUUAAUAGUCAAGUUAACCCACAUUUCUGCUACAGCCAAUAUGGCAAUCCCUCUCUUGGAAUUUCUUUCGACUCUAGCAAGGCUGCCUCACCUCUACAGGAACUUUGCAGCUGAGCAGUAUGCCAGCGUGUUCGCCAUCUCCCUGCCCUACACAAACCCUUCCAAGUUUAACCAGUACAUCGUUUGCCUGGCCCAUCACGUGAUAGCGAUGUGGUUCAUCCGCUGCCGCCUUCCCUUCCGCAAGGACUUCGUCCCCUAUAUUACAAAGGGUCUGCGCUCCAACGUCCUCCUUUCCUUUGAUGACACACCCGAGAAGGACAGUUUCAGGGCUCGCAGUACAAGCCUGAAUGAGAGGCCAAAAAGUAGUUUAAGACUAGCCAAAAAUGCAAAGCAAGGCUUGAAUAACUCUCCUCCAGUGAAAGAGCUGAAAGAAUCCUCUGCAGUUGAUGCCUUCCGAUCCCGCAGCAUCAGUGUGUCUGAACAUGUGGUCCGCAGUCGGAUACAAACAUCCAUCACCAGUUCAAGCCUGGGCUCUGCAGAUGAGAAUUCCAUGGCUCAGGCUGAUGACAACUUAAAGAACCUGCACCUGGAGCUCACGGAGACCUGUCUGGAUAUGAUGGCUCGAUACGUCUUCUCAAACUUCACUGCGGUGCCUAAGAGGUCUCCUGUGGGUGAGUUUCUGUUGGCUGGAGGAAGGACCAAGACGUGGCUGGUUGGUAACAAGCUGGUGACCAUCACUACAAGUGUUGGAACAGGGACAAGGUCACUGCUUGGCCUAGACUCUGGGGAGCUCCAAAGCAGCACAGAAUCAAGCUCUGACCCUGUUUUGCAAGUAAGACAAACUAAAGAAGCUCCAGCAAAACUGGAAUCUCAAGCUGGGCAGCAGGUUUGCAGAAGCUCUCGCAACAGAGUCCGAUCCAUGUCUGGUGGUCAUGCCUUACGUGUUGGUGCCUUAGACAGCUCAGCCUCCCAUUUUCCCAGUGGUUCAGCUUCCCAAGGGAUACAGUGUCCUCCUGCUCCUGCACCUCGAUCAGAGAAGACUAAUCCCACUCCACAGACACCUCUGCAGAAGGAAAAGGCAAACUUGGCUGCGUAUGUCCCACUGCUGACACAGGGAUGGGCAGAAAUCCUCGUGCGCAGACCCACAGGUAACACAAGCUGGCUAAUGAGCCUGGAGAACCCUCUCAGCCCGUUUUCUUCAGAUAUUAACAACAUGCCCCUGCAGGAGCUCUCUAACGCGCUGAUGGCUGCCGAGCGCUUUAAGGAGCACCGGGAGACAGCUCUCUAUAAAUCCCUGUCUGUCCCCUCCUCCAGCCUGGCCACAGGGACAGCCAAACCAUCGCUCCUCCAGCGCUCCAACACAGAGUCAGCGGUGGUGCUGGAGGAAGGGAGCCCUUCAGAAAUGGAGCUCAAGGAAACAGAGUCCCCAGCCGAGUCUCCGGAGAGUGAGGACAUUGACACUUCAUGUUCUGAGCAAGUCCUGAGCGAGGAAACAUUUGGGAAACCCCAGGGGUCUUAUAGCAGGUCCUCCUCAACCUCCAGCCAAGAAGAAAAGUCUCUGAAGUCAGAAGACCUGGUGGAGGGUGGAAUUCCCAUCGGGAGGGUCCUGCCAGAGGAUGGCCGAACACUGGAGGAACUUUCCUUCCAGCCCUCCCAGCCCCUCAGCAAGUCCAGUUCUUCCCCCGAGCUGCAGACCCUGCAGGAGGUCCUCAAAGAUGCAAAUGGCAGAGAAGUAACAAGGAGGCUGAGCACAGAAGUGAAAUCAAAAUCCCAGUCUGGGAACCUGGAAGGGGAAGGGCUGGGCAGUUGGCUGGGCAAGGGGGAGGAUGCCAGAGCGACCGGGGCGGGCAGUUUGGAUGGCACCGGCCCUGUCACCUCCCCUCGCUCCCCCUCCGGGCACCGGCCCCGGGGAUACACCAUCUCUGACUCAGCCCCAUCGAGGAGGGGCAAAAGGAUCGAGAGAGAUGCCUUCAAGGGCAGAACAGCAGCCUCCAAUGCUGAGAAAGUACCUGGAAUAAACCCAAGCUUUGUGUUUUUACAGUUGUACCACUCCCCAUUCUUUGGUGAUGAAAACAACAAGCCCCUUUUGUUGCCAAAUGAGACAUUUGAAAGAUCGGUGCAGCUCCUGGAUCAAAUACCUUCUUACGACACGCACAAGAUUGCAGUGCUCUAUGUUGGAGAGGGCCAGAGCAACAAUGAAAUUGCAAUUCUGUCCAACGAGCACGGAUCCUAUCGCUACACAGAGUUCCUGACUGGGCUGGGGAAGCUCAUUGAGCUCAAAGACUGUCAGCCUGACAAAAUUUACCUUGGUGGCCUGGACGUCUGUGGGGAGGAUGGACAGUUUACCUACUGUUGGCAUGAUGACAUUAUGCAAGCCAUCUUCCACAUCGCUACUCUGAUGCCCACAAAGGAUUUGGAUAAAUACCGCUGUGACAAGAAGAGGCACCUCGGGAAUGAUUUUGUUUCUAUCAUUUACAAUGAUUCAGGAGAAGACUUUAAACUGGGAACGAUCAAGGGUCAGUUCAACUUUGUGCACGUUAUCAUCACACCACUUGACUAUGACUGUAACCUGGUGACGCUGCAGUGUCGGAAAGACAUGGAAGGUCUGGUAGACACGAGCGUCGCUAAGAUCAUCUCCGAUAAGAACCUGCCGUUCGUGGCCCGUCAGAUGGCUCUGCAUGCCAACAUGGCUUCCCAGGUUCACCAUAGUCGAUCAAACCCUACUGACACCUACCCAUCCAAAUGGAUUGCAAGGCUACGUCAUAUCAAGAGGCUGAGGCACCGGCUACGGGAAGAAACGCAGUACCAGACUCCUGGCCUUCCCCUGCAGAUGCAUCCGUCGGCUCCCACAAAGCCCCCUCCCCAGAUCCCUCAGGACCCCCCACCCACCUACGAGACGGGCCAGCGGAAGCGGCUCAUCUCCUCGGUGGACGACUUCACCGAGUUCGUGUAGAUGGCGGCGUGUCGGGCCCCGCUUCCCCCAUGAGCCAGUUCCCGCGGCCACCGCUGAGGGUCAGGGGCUGCAGCGUGGCCACGUGCGUUUGCUGAGGACACCGUGUCCCCGCAGGGGCUCCAGGAGAGGACCUGCUCUGCGUGUUUUGGUUUCGUUCGGUUUGAGCUACUUCAAGGUUUCCAUCUCAGAUGGGGACUUUCUUGCAGAAUCUUCCUCUGGACUUGCUUCCACAGCAGUGCCUGGUAGAAGGGGGCAAAGUGAGAUGUUCUGCACCUGAGCACAGAGUUGGAACGUACAGGAAAUGUUGGGAUUUCGUCAACUUGAAUUGGGAAUGAAAUAUGAACUGCUGAAAAUCUCGUCACUGUUUCCAAAGCGCCCUGCAAUCCCAGCUCCUCUCCAGGCCACAGUGCCUCCAGCACUUGAACUCUUGGACUUGUUCUGCUGCCAGCUCUGGUAAGAGUUAAUUUGGUUUCUCAAGUGACCUGCCAGACGUGCUGCUCAAAUUCACAAGGAUGUGUCUCCAUUUUGAGAGAUUCCCAGCCCAUCCUCCCUCGUUCAGUACAAAGGAUUUUGCUGCCACAAGGAGCAGAGCAGGGAGGCAAAUGCUACUUGUCUGAGCUGAGCAGCAGGGACGAGCCUCAGGCCAGACCACCUGGCCUCUUGGCUGCAGUGAUGCUGGGGGGAACUUGUCCUUCUCUGUGCACCCAGCACACCCCUUUGUGAAGGACUGCAGAUGUGUCCUGGGCCAUGGUCUCCAGAUGAGUUUUGCCUGUUGCGCUCAGGCCUGGUGCCAGUCACUCUCCUGGGCCCUUGAAGCAGGUCCCAGGCGGGUCCUGAGCUGGGGACUGGGACAAUGUAGCCCUUCUUGGUCAUCAGACACUACACUACCCAACUGGGAGAAACCAUGGAAGCUGGACUGUACUGUGAGUACUUUACCUCCUGCCUUGCUCGCUCUGGGGCAUACGGCUUUGCAGCAGGGCCCUGGCAACCAAGGCAGGUGCCAUCUGUGCCAGGCGAGGGCACGACAGCCAUGCUCCAGGGCCCUUGGGAACUCUAAGUGUAUGUUGUGUUUUGAGUGUUUAUAAGUUGUAACAGAAAUAAAGUAUUUGUAUGGUCA